AUGUCGGGCGACGCGGAGGUGAAGGCGCGCGUCGCCGCCAGCUUCAAGGCUUUCGACUCGGGAGACAAGGGAUGGCUCAACAAGCACGACCUGAAGUGCGCGUUCAUCUCCCUCGUCGGCCGCAAGCCCACGCCAGCGGAGCUCGCGCGGAUGAGGGACGCGUGCCCCAGAGGCGAGGUUGAGCUGAGGCAUUUCCGCGCGUUUCUGGAGCCGGGGCUCGUCGCGGACGCGCGGGACCUCGGCCCGGCGGCGGCGCGCGACAGGGCGCGGGCCGCGUUCGACGCGUUCGACAGGAACAAGCGGGGGUACGUCACGUUGCGGGACGUCGUGCACGGCUUCGCGAGGGUCGCCCCGGGGGUUCCCGAGGGCGUCGUCGCCGACGUCUUUCGCGAGGCUGACGCCGACGGCGACGGGCGGGUCUCAUUUGGGGAUUACGCAAGCGUCGCGGGAUUGGGAUCGACGAUGGACGAACGGGCGAGUCACCACCACGCGGCGGCGAGCGCGUGA